GGCAGAGCGGUGUCACAUGACCCUGACCCUGGGAAAGCACAGGGAUGGAUCCGGAAGAGGGGACACCGUUGUGGAGGCUGCAGAAGCUGCCCCAGGAGCGGGGCUUGCAGCUUCUUCACAAAAUAAUCGAUGGCAUUUGUGGUCGAGCUUAUCCUCUGUACCAGGAUUAUCACAAUAUUUGGAAUUCAACAGAAUGGAUGCAUAUUCUAGAAGAUGUUACCAAGUUUUUUAAAAGUGUAGUUGGUAAAAACUUAUCUGAUGAAGAGACUCUUCAACAGUUGAAUCAGUUGAGUUCAUCUCAUCAAGAAUCUGUCAUGAAAUGCUUGAAAAGUAGAAAAGAUGAAAUCAAGCAGGUUCUGUUAGGAGAAAUAGUUGACAUUUCCUCUGCACAGCUACAGGAUUUUGACUGGCAGCUAAAGCUUGCACUUUCUAGUGACAAGAUUACUACUUUACAAAUGCCACUUUUAAGCCUUCAUCUAGAUGUAAAAGAAAAUGGUGAAGUAAAACCAUAUUCUGUUGAAAUGACUAAGGAAGAGCUGCAGAAUCUCAUAAACUCCUUGGAAGCAGCUAAUAAGGUGGUCCUGCAGUUGAAGUAACUGGAGAUGAUGAAUACCAACACUAUCAGAUUUCACUGCUACGAUUGAUUGAUGCGCAGAGUGAA